AUGUGUGCACUUAAACUGGAUAUCAAGCAGUUUCCAACAAGAAAUACGCCUGGUCUACCGAGACAUUCUCCUUCCUCUACUAAAGCCAGCCUGCCACCAUCUUGUAAAUUGAAAGUUAGUUUACAUUUGCUGAAAUUAUCUAUGGUCGCUUCCUCGUUAGUUCUUUUAUCUGGCGAUGUGAGUUUAAAUCCUGGUCCUUAUGCAGAUGAUCUGCCAAAAGCUCGUGGCUUCAAAGUGGCUCACCUGAAUGUACGAAGCUUGGUAAACAAACUGGAUGACAUUAGUCAUCUCGUAAGAAGUAAAUCGUUCGAUAUUUUCUCAGUUUCUGAGACUUGGCUCAAUCCCACUAUAUUGGAUACUGAAAUUGACAUUCCUGGCUAUACGUUAGUAAGACAUGACCGCAAUGGCAAACGAGGUGGUGGAACAGCGAUUUUUGUUCGAGAUGGUAUUCCCUAUAGACACCUAACGGACUUGUUUGACGGG